AUGGGCCGAGGCACCGCUGGGCUGAGGAGCGGGCGGCACGGAGACACCUCGGGGCGGCUCCACUUCCGCCUCCACCGGGCCGGCCUGGCGCUCACGCCACUUCCGGGGACGCAGGAAGUGCGUGUCCCCCGAGGCGUCACGGGGCGGAGCACGGGAAAUCCCCUCGCGGCCCCGUUGCCAAGCAACGCCCGGGGCGCCCGGGCCCACUGUCUGGGGCUGGGGUCGGGGCCCGCGCCCGUGAGCCCCGCACGCGACGGCGCUGUCACGCGCCCCCCCGCGGUGGCCGUGGCGCAGUGCGAGCGUCGUGGCCGGAGCCCCAGGCCCGGGCGACCGGCUCCCCGCGGGCCUACGCCCCCUCGUGCUGGACGCCGUUCCCGCCGCUCGGGUGUUAGCCCUGGUUCCGGACCCGCCUCGGGCCGCCCCGGGUGUCGGGGCACGAGCCCGAGGUGUCCGCCCGUGGACGGCCCGUCGCGGCUCCGGCCGCUGCCGCCGCGACGCGCGAGGGCCCUGGGAAAUCCCCGGGAGCGCGGCCCCCGGGCCCGGCGACGACGUGGCUUCCCUCGACGGCAGACUCGGCCGGGUCUCGUCUCCUCGGUCCGCGUCACUCGGUUAACAGCCCUUUCUAGGACUUUCCGUAGCGCCGUGACCUGUGGGUCUCUUGGCGCGGCGCGUCCGGGACGCGAGCGGGACGCGGACGGCGGCCCCGGUCGCGCCUGGGCCCGGAACGCCCGCUGGAGCCGGCGCGCGCUGAAGCGCGGAGCAGCCGGGGGCGCCCGGCGUCCGAAGGCUCCCUUCGCGUGGCUCCGAGGCCGCGCCUGCCUGGGGGCCGCCCGGCCCGUCUGCCCCUCCUCUCCGCAGCGGCAAGGCUGA